GAACUGUGUCAGCAAAAGCAUUAGAGAAAAACACAGUGAUCACGUCUACAGGGCUGCAGACAAGAAAUGAAACACUUCAGCAUAAGACUUUUCUUGUUUUUCUUCCUCGCCAAAGGACUGGUGGUGCCAGCAGAAUGUGUGACUGGAUCACUGAAUGGAAUAGUCAUGUUACCUUGUACAUAUUCUGCCCAGAAAACCACAAUGUGCUGGGGACUGGGUCAAUGCCCAACGUCUGGCUGUAAUAGUGAGAUUAUCAAGACUGAUGGCGAAAAAGUGAUCUGGAGGAAAUCUAACAAAUACCAGUUACUGGGACACAUAGCUCAGGGGAAUGUGUCCCUGACCAUCACUCGGGCCACUAAAGAAGAUGAAGGAAUUUACUGCUGCCGCGUGGAGAUCCAUGGACUUUUUAAUGAUCAGAAAAUAGAGAGAAUAUUAAAGAUACAGGAGGCAGCUCCGAGUCAUCCUGAACCCCCCGACCAGCCACUUCACACCACUCACCGCAUUGACUCUCCUUAUGUCACCCCAAAGACAACCUCUAUUGACUCCGUUCCCUCCACUGUGAAGCAAGAAAGUCAGGAUAUCAAAAUUGAAGACACCAUAAAAGUGGAUAACAAACUUCAUCAUAUUAUCGCCACCGUUGUCAUACUUAUCAUUGUUCUGCUUUCAUUGGCUGCGCUGUUAUUUAGUUACAGACAUCGUAAAAGGAAAAACAAAGACACGGCUAAGGGUCUGGCCGUCUUAUCCCUGGAGGGUCUGGAGAGAACACAGGACCAAACCGAGCAAAAUAUUUAUACAAUAAAUUAACUUUUAUUAAUCUGUCAUAUUAAAAUAUUGUCCUCCUAAAUAAACCCAUUUGUGGAUGCAGUGAUGACUGAUAGGAUAUCUGCCUUUCAGCCGUAUACGACAUUUCCAGUUCUGCUGGUCGCUACUAGGAUGUGGCCAUUGCUAACUCUGGCAUAGUUGCCCAUAACAACCAAUCAGAUUAAUUAUUUCAUUUUCAAAAGGAGCUGUGAAAAAUGAAAGGUGGAAUCUGAUUGGUUGCUUUGGGCAACUAAGCCAGUUUUACUUUGCUCCAGUUUUGAUUAAUCUCCCCCAUUAUUCUCAAUGCAAUAGUUGAGACAGCACAUGUAUUUUAUCAGUAUACUGCCCCCUGUUGGGGAUUUGUGUUCAGAAAUGUACCUAACUAAUACCAACCUCUCAAAUGCCCCUGACAUGUAUAAUACCUGCUUUCCAUGAUAUGCCUGCUUGUGGAGCUGCAAGUACAGAGUUCAGUGGGUGUUCCCCAUGAAGCAUUGUCUCUCCGUAUCCCUGAUAUGGAAAAUCGUGAAAUGUGAGAACAGCAGAUCUAAGGUCUCCUUAGAAAAAAUACAUGUUAUAUGUGAAUAAUCCUGAUUUUCUCUUACCGUAGAUGCUUCUACCAUUAUCAGGAGUACCUCAGAUAUACAUGGUUUAUAUAUAUUUAAAAUAAUGUUACCAUAGAAACACAUAGUACUUGGAUAAGAGCUUUAUACUCAAAACGGUCAGAUUUUUUCUUUUACUUUUUGAAGAUUUUGAAAGAUUUUUUAUUUUAUUUUAGAUAUAUUAAAGCAAACAAAAAUGUGCGCAAAAGAGAACAUAGCCACUGUGUGACGCCAAUUUCAACCACUUUUGUUUAUCGUUAACUGCCACGCAAUAAAAUGUUAACAUGACAGUCCCUGUAUGUAUGAUUUUCUGACAUGGACAAGUCCGACAGGGUGGUAAAUGUCCUUCCUUAGGGCUCAGGCACACAACCAUACGUAUUUUGCAGUCCGCAAAAAAUGGAUCCACAAAAAAUACUGAUAACGUCCGUGUGCAUUCCGUAUUUUGAGGAACGGAACAGCUGGCCCCUAAUAGAACAGGACUAUCCUUGUCUGUAAU